AUGGUGGGCGGGAGGGGUAAACUCUUGAAAGGGCAAAACUUUGAAUAUUGUGUAUUUCUCAUUGUUUACAGUCCUUGAUGUACUCGAUUUUCACUUAAAACUUCAAAAAUCGCCUCAUUUUUCAGCUGAAAUUGAUCUACACGCGACAGAAUGCGUUUGUGGACGAUCUGAUUCGACUGGCCGCCGGAAAUGAGACACGUGAGUGUGAUAGGCGGCGGCCGCGAAAAGUUAGGCCACGAUUUUACUUGUUAUUGAAAAGUUAGGCCUGCCGACACCAACUACACGGCGGACUAACUUUUCCUCGUGCAAAUGCUCUAGGCCACUAGUUUCAGGACGAUUCGAGUGGGAGUCUCUAGCCGAGAGACACAUGCACAACAUGUCCGAUUCGCUGUUCGUCGCCUUCGAAAAGUACUUUUUGACGAGUAACGAGGUAAGCGCCACACGGUUACCGGUUGCAAAGUGUCGCCGGUUGCGAAAUGUCCAAUUUUCGUAAGCGUAUUGCUAAAAUUGCGUUUUUGCCGAUCAAAUUCAACUAUUUUAACCCAAAAACUCGCGUUUCUUCGUUUAACGUCCAAGAAAUCCAGAGGCCGGUUGCAAAAAGGCCUAUGGUCCCCGCGUAAUCUUCACUCUCUUUUCCGCGUGGCGCCUGGUGUCUGGAAGAACAAAACAAACGGGGUCCCUUGUGACUUGCUCGACAAAAUAACAAGCCGACAAUAGAGAAAGAGGGAGAGAAGGAGUCUCAGCUGUUCCCGCGGGACCCCCUUUUCACCCGGAAAAAUGAUCGGCCGACAGAAAGAUCCUCGUCUUCGCCUCACUUUUUUCUCGAACAACAUCCUCGUUUUUUGCAGGUGAAGAAGAACGCGGCGACGGAGACGUGGACGUUCUCCUCGUCGAUUUUCUUCGCGGUCACCGUGGUCACGACGAUCGGCUACGGUAACCCGGUCCCGGUGACCAACAUCGGACGCAUAUGGUGCAUCUUGUUCUCGCUUCUCGGCAUACCUCUCACUCUUGUCACCAUCGCCGACUUGGGUACGAUAUUGUCGAGUUCUUCGACGUUCAUAAUCUUGACACCUAGUACUUUGCAUUUGUAGUUGAUCACUUUUUUGUAAAACUACUUUUAAGGUUACUGUAGCUCUUGAAAGUUACAGUAUGUACCGAGCCUAUAACUCAUUGUAAACUCAAACUUUGACGGGCUACAGUAGUCCUGGGAAAGGUGAUACAAAAAAGUUGUCAACUACAAAAAUACAGUACUUUCCAUGCACUAUGUUUUUUUAGUUGAUAAGUUUUAUGCACCAUCACUCCGAAGGCUACUGUAGCUCUUGAAAGUUAAGAGCGCCUAAAAGCUUGCCGAAAAGAGUCACAAGACUUUAUAAAACUCUACAAUAUUUGCUCAUUUUCAGGUAAAUUCCUAUCCGAACAUCUGGUAUGGCUGUACGGAAACUAUCUAAAACUGAAAUAUCUGAUCUUCUCGCGGCAUCGGAAAGAGCGUCGGGAGCACGUUUGCGAGCACUGUCACAGUCACGGAAUGGGUCACGAUAUGAACAUCGAGGAGAAGAGGUAGGGUGCUUUUGCCGCGGGCUUUCGGGACCACACUAACCUUCCAGAAUUCCCGCCUUCCUCGUCCUGGCCAUUCUGAUCGUCUACACCGCGUUCGGCGGAGUUCUAAUGUCCAAACUCGAGCCCUGGUCCUUUUUCACUUCCUUCUACUGGUCGUUCAUCACAAUGACUACUGUAAGUGCCCGCCCGGUCGGUCCCCCGGUCCCCCAAUGCUCAGCCUCUCUUUUCCAGGUCGGGUUCGGUGAUUUGAUGCCGCGUCGCGACGGAUACAUGUACAUUAUUCUGUUGUACAUCAUUCUCGGACUCGCCAUCACCACAAUGUGCAUCGAUUUGGUCGGCGUGCAGUACAUCCGCAAGAUCCAUUAUUUCGGGCGCAAGAUUCAGGACGCACGCUCCGCGUUGGCCGUCGUCGGCGGAAAGGUCAGUAGUGUCCGUUUCGCAACCAAAGUGUCUCCUAAAAAAAGCUGAUCGGAGACAGUUGCAAAAUGGCGUCGAAACUCGCCUCGAAAUCGUCGUUUUUGCAGGUGGUGCUCGUGUCGGAGCUGUACGCGAAUCUGAUGCAGAAGCGCGCGCGGAACAUGUCGCGCGAGGCGUUCAUCGUCGAGAAUCUGUACGUCUCGAAGCACAUCAUUCCGUUCAUUCCGACCGACAUUCGCUGCAUCCGCUACAUCGAUCAGAACGCCGACGCCGCCACCCUUUCCACGUCGUCUUCGGCCCAGGACGUGCAGAGUUGUCGCUUCUGUCACUCGAGAUAUUCGCUCAAUCGAGCCUUCAAAUAG